GCCAGGCAGGAAGCCUGAAGUCAGCCGGCCACAGCCCAGAGCAGCUGACCCCCAGCCCUGGCAGCAUGUGGGUGCUCUUGCUGCUGUGGCCCCUGGUGCUGGGGCUCAGCCCAGAGGAUGUCACUCUGACCCCUGCUGCCUACUACGAGGUGGAGUCCAUGGGAGGAGGCGAUGGUCUCUCUCCCCCAGACGGCAUCAUAGGGCCCCGCCCACGCAGCUUCCCGGGCCAGCCCUCUGCCAAUGACAGCAACACUCUGGAGCUCCUGGUCAGCUCUCGGGCACUGCUGCUGGGCUGGGUGCCCACGAGGCUGGUGCCCGCGCUCUACGGACUGGCCCUGGCGGUGGGGCUGCCCGCCAAUGGCCUGGCACUGUGGGUGCUGGCCACUCGGGUGCCACGACUGCCCUCCACGGUGCUGCUGAUGAACUUGGCGGCCGCUGACCUGCUGCUGGUCCUGGCUCUGCCGCCUCGCGUGGCCUACCACCUGCGGGGCCAGCGCUGGCCCUUUGGCGAGGCUGCCUGCCGCCUGGACACAGCCAUGCUCUACGGCCACAUGUACGGCUCUGUGCUGCUGCUGGCCGCCAUCAGCCUGGACCGCUACCUGGCCGUGGUGCACCCGCUGCAGGCCCGUGCCCUGCGUGGCCAGGCCCUGGCCAUCGGGCUCUGUGCUGCAGCCUGGCUGGUGGCGGCCACCCUGGCGCUGCCCCUGGCGCUGCAGCCGCAGACAUUCCGACUGGCGCUUUCAGACCACGUGCUCUGCCAUGACGCGCUGCCCGUCAGCGCCCAGACCUCCUACUGGCGUCCGGCCUUCAUCUGCCUGGCCGUGCUCGGCUGCUUCCUGCCGCUGCUGGCCAUGCUGCUGAGCUACGGGGCCACCCUGUGCACGCUGGCGGCCGGUGGCCGGCGCUACGGCCACGCGCUGAAGCUGACUGCCCUGGUGCUGGCCUCGGCCGUGGCCUUCUUCGUGCCCAGCAAUGUGCUGCUGCUGCUGCAUUACUCAAACCCAGGCCCAGACGCCUGGGGGAACCUGUACGCCGCCUACGUGCCCAGCCUGGCGCUCAGCACCCUCAACAGCUGCCUAGACCCCUUCAUCUAUUACUAUGUGUCAGCUGAGUUCAGGGGCAAGGUGCAGGAGGGGCUGCUCUGCCGGACGCCUGGCAAUGCGACAGCUUCCAAGGACGGGGGCAGCCCAGGGAUGGGCACCCGGUCCUCCUCGCUGGUGUGAGACAGUCCCUCCACAGGCAGAGCAGACAGGAAGGGAGUUGGACUGGGUUGAAUAGGGUCCCCUCCCAGCUCAUGUCCACCGGGAACCUCCAAACAUUGUUUGGGAAUAAUGUCUUUGCAGGUGUAAGUAAGAUGAGGUCACAUUAGAGUAGGGUGAGCCCUAAAUCCCAUGACUAGUGUCCUUAUAAGAGGACACAGAGACACACACAGGGGAAGAAGGCCAUGUGACCACGGAGGCAGAGAUGGUGUGAUGCGGCCACAAGCCAAAGGAUGCCAUAGGCUGCUGGCAGCCACCAGAAGAAGCUGGGAGAGCAGCCUGGGGCAGAGUUCUCUUCACAGCCCCUAUAAGGAGCCAACCCCACCCAUCCCUUGACCUCAGACUUCCAGCCUCCAGGACUGUUAGAGAAUAAAUGUCUGUUGUUUUAA